AUGCCUCCCUUGAAAGCUACGGUAAACUGUGACAUGGGAGAGGGAUUCUCGUUAUACACUAUAGCGGACGAUGCUGCCCUUAUGAAGACGAUCCAUCUUGCGAACGUUGCCUGCGGAUUCCACGCGUCCGACUUCUCUAUCAUGGACAAGACCGUAGCACUCGCUAAAGAGAACGGCGUCCUUGUGGGAGCCCACCCCUCGCUUCCUGAUAGACAAGGAUUUGGGCGAAGAGAAAUGAACAUUUCGCCCGCAGAACUUGUGUCGUGCUUUGUGUACCAAGUCGGCGCCUUGGCAGGCUUUCUCAAGCGCCACGAUUUACCUCUGAAUCACAUCAAACUACACGGUGCAAUAUAUGGACAGGCCUCUCGUUCAAUCGAGCUGGCUCGGGCGGCCGUGCAAGUUGUGAAGAUAUUUAGUACCGAGGAAGCGAAUGGUGGCCAAGGGGUAGCGUUUGUAGGGCUAGCGGGAACCGCCCAUCAGCAAGCGGCGGAAGAGGCAGGAGUAAAAUUCAUUGCCGAGUGGUUCGCUGAUCUCGACUACAACCCUGAGGGUAAAUUGAUAAUAACGCAGUACGCGUUCUUCCAAUGCUCUUCCAGAACUGGGCUCUCAAGAUCUCAUGUUGAAACCCUACUAACGGAAGGGUUAGUUACGACGAAUGACGGGUCCAAGAUACCCUUAGGAGCGAACAUUACAGAGGUGUCUAUCUGCUGUCAUUCCGAUACUCCCGGUGCUAUUGAGAUUGCGACGCUGGUCAGAUCUAUCGUCGACAUGAGCAACAAAGCCGCAGGAUAUGUUGUUUAA